CAAUAUAGAAUUUGCUUCCGCAGAAGUAAGGGUACGAUGUACGACAUCCGAGCAGCUAGCAGAUAGGGAUGUUUCCUACUCUAGGAUGGUUGUACAACGUUAUCUAUUCACUAGCAGGCAAGGUGUCGACUUAAGCUCAAGUAGGUCGAAGCACAGCAAUAACUAUGGAACUAGGUCACAUCACCUCCUUGACAACCUCCGGAACGGUCGGCUCCCGAUUCGUCACCCAAGACGAGCUGGACGAUGCCAAAAAGGCCAAGGAGGAUGAAUGGAAGGCAGCUUACGAGAGGUUGGGUCAGGAACCCCCACCUAUGCCAGAGGAGCAGGAGUAUGAUCCCCGAUCCUUGUUCGAGAAACUAUCCUCCCAGAAGGAGAUCAAGAAGGAAGAAUGGGACGACAAGAUGAGGAUGGCGAACCAAUGGAGAGGAUUAGAAGCAGAUGAGAUUGCUUUCUUGCGAGACGCCGCCGAUGAGCAGAAGGAAAAGGAACGUUCGAUCAAGCGGCAGGAAAUGGAAGAGCUGGCGGCGUUCAAGAUGAGACAGGUACAGACGCAGAACGCAAUGCCGGGCCCCUCUACCUCUCCUUCUCAGCCGACGAGCUCAUCAUCUGCUAGCAAGCCCACCGCAAAACCUGCAGCACCAGCCAAAAAAGGAGUCAAAGGUCUAUUGAGGGGGGUUGUAGUCAAGAAGAAGGACUCAACAGCCAAGCCUCCGAUACCGGCCUCUCCCUCCCCUACGUCCGAAUCACCAGCCAAGCCGAUCGAGUCUGUCGAACCACCCGUCUCUCCUCCUUCAACGCCCCCAGUACAGACUGUUGCGACCGUAACACCUGCGAAACCCUUGCCGGUCCGUAUUGGUUUCGCGGCGGCCAAUGAGGCACCUAAACGAAAACGUAUCGGUCUAGCGACUGACUAUGGGAGCAGUAGCGAUGAGGCAUCGGCGGACGAGGCCGAGGCAGACUCGAAGAAGCAGAAGACAAAUACAUGAGCCCCUA